AUGUUCAAACAGGCGUUACUAGACACAAUCGACGCCGAGCGACAAGACCUCAUCAGCUUCCUCCAAUCCUUGACUCGCGCCGACUCCUCAAACCCUCCCGGAGACACAAUAGCAGCAGCAUGUGUAGUCACCACAUUUCUGGCUUCUCGCGAUGUUCCCUCAACGCUUAUUGCUCCAAAGAGUGAUGCACCCAAUAUCACCAGCACAUUCCCCGCGGUAUCGCAAACACCGACUCACAGUCGUUCUUCAUCACUACAUCAAUUGGACGAACAACAUACUCCAAGCCCACGCGACUCUGUGUUUGCAGAUAGUGGUAUCUCGACGCCGAAUCCUGGUCCGAGGUUGAUUAUGAAUGGACAUAUUGACGUGUUUCCCAUCUCUGAGGCCGAGAGAUCACAAUGGACGCACGAUCCCUUGUCUGCUGAUAUCGAGAACAAUCGAAUGUACGGACGCGGCUUGGUGGACAUGAAGGCAGGCACCGCUGCAAUCAUCGCCGCAUAUACUUAUAUCUUCGCGCAUCGACAUCUCCUGAACGGCACAGCCGUGUUGGAAGCAGUGUCUGACGAAGAGACAGGUGGAAAGUGGGGAAGCAAAUACUUGCUCAACGACGACGACAGAAAGGAUACAUGGACGGGAGAUGUGAACCUCAACGCCGAACCUACAGGUCUUCAAAGCAUAAGAUUUGCCGAGAAGGGCACUUUACGGAUGACCUUUUCAGUUAAAGCCCAAAGCGCACACGGAGCUUACACGCAUCUAUCUGAAGGUGCAAUACGCAUCGCAACAAGAUUGAUCAUAGAGUUAGUCAAACUCGAGGAUUUUUCUGAUUUCGACGUCGACCCCGAAGUGCGGAGAUACCUAGACAAGCAAGAAGUUCGAGAUACAGUCGACGAAAUCAUGGGCACUGGCGCCUCCAACAACAUUCUCAAACCAACAGUGAACAUCGGAACCAUCAAUGGCGGCACAAAAGUCAACACCAUCCCCGGCGAUUGCAAAUUCGAAGUCGACAUCCGUCUCCCCAUCGGUCUCGUCGCCGCGACCAUGCUCAACCAAAUCAACACCAUUCUUAAAAACUUCCCUGCAGCAACUUAUGAAGUUCAAGAAGCAGCUUCCAAUCCACCGAAUUCAUGUGCUUUUGAUCACGCUCUCACACGCGCCAUAGCAGAUAAUGCCGAACAUAUCCUCGGACGAAAACCAAUUGCUAUACCAUCACUGGGUGCUACGGACGCCAAACACUGGCGGUACAAAGGUGUUCCGGCCUACAGUUAUGGGCUUUCUCCAGAGGGUAUGGCGGGGAUUGAUGAGAGUGUUGAUCUUGAUGAUUAUAUCAACCUCGUCAAGAUUCUCACUUUGACCGCGUGGGACUUUUUGACUGGCCCUGCAUAG